AUGUCUUCACGAUUAUUUAAUACUAUACUAAUCCCUUUCAGAAGAAAUGUUUGCAGAUUUCGAUCUACAGAUAUUAAGGUGUUCCAGGACAGUGUGUUUAUAAGAAAGCUAAGAUGGGAAACACAAAAAUUAACAUGCAAAUUGGAUCAGAAUCAAAACAACGAAGAAGACAAUCACCUUAAUGGAAAACUUCAGCGUUUACAACUCGAGAACUCAGUCUCAGAACGAUAUAGGAGAAAACGGAAUGUGGUUAGAGAAAUUGACGCCCCAUCCCUGUUGGACAUUUCAGAGAAUUUCAAUGUAGACCACGACGCCUUGAGAAGAAAAUUAGAAAUAAACGUGCAGUUAGAAUGUGAUAAUUUUCAACCUCAAGAAAACGAAGAAUACAAAUCUCCACGAAACCUCGUCAACAUUCUUGCAGCCCAUGGCGAUGCGAAUCGUGAAACGGUGAAAAAGCUUUUCGCAACGCAGUACGAAUUCAACUGGCGUACAGAAACCGGAGAUCCCGAUCAGUUCAGUUUCUACGGAUUUUGUAAGGACUUAAAAGAUGCUGGAGGCGAAGACGUUAUGACGUACGACACAAGAAAAGCGCACGUGAUUUCAAGCCUAUACCACGCACAGGAAAAAUUGCAUAAAAUCCGUCAUCUCACUCAUCGGCAACUUUGCCCCCCUGUGUAUGUCCGUACAGCAGUUGACAAACGUUGGACGUGGAAGAAAUGGAUAUGUAACCGAGAUCGGAGUGUAUUUGAAGUAACUGAUGGGGAAACAGAUAUAGACUGGAUAACAAACGUUCCGCUGAGAGAUUACAUAACAGUUCAUUCAGUGCAAAAUGAUCGUGGUGCAGCUUUUCCCAACGGAGAAAACCAUCUUUACUGGGCAGUACUUGAAGAAGACGAUUUCGGGGAAAACCAGUCCCAUGCAGCCCACGGGAACAAUUUGGGCACGACACAAGUAUAUGUUGGGAAAGCAAUGCAUGGUAUAAAAGAUCGAUGGGUGGCGAAUACCAAAUCACAUGGUAGGAACAUGGAACUCUCACGCAACGUUAUGUACAACAUGAUGAAUUAUGACCAGAAUACCUUAGAGGGACAACAGUUGGUAGACUUAAGAUUUUUACUUCACAAAGCCCAUACUCAUCAUCAAGAAAGGCAACAAGGGAACCGUUGUGGGUUAUUUAUAAUGGGUCGGCAAGGUUAUGGUGACGAAGAAAAUGUAGAGAGAUGCAACAUAAAGGGCAUUCCAUUGCAACUAGGAAGAAAUGUGUGGCACUUGACUCCAACAAACAUGAAAUUUGGAAUGAAUUGUUUCUAA